CUGGGAAUGCCUGCGAGCGCUGGCGCGCGGAGCCGGGAAGAAGACAUUGUAUAAACAUGAAGUCAAAUAGAAUCCCAAUUUUCAUUAUUUCAAGUCAAGAAAGUAAUAGUAAACCGUUGCUGUCUUUCACCUGAGAUAACUUUUUUAUUGCUUGAAACAUUCAGUUUUUCUAAUACUCAUGACAUCAGAAGGGAAAUCUCCUGACAAAAAAAGACCUCGUAGAAGCUUAUCAGUCAGCAAGACUAAAAAAAAUGCAUCUAAUUCUAUUAUUUCAUAUUUUAACAAUGCACCACCUGCUAAACUUGCCUGCCCCAUUUGUAAUAAGUUGGUGCCGAGAUAUGACUUAAAUCGGCACCUUGACGAAGUGUGUGCUAACAAUGAUGACAUUGUUCAAGCUGAUCCAGUGCAGGUUGGCUUAAUGAAUUCAGAUACAUCUGCGGUGGAUUUAACCAGUAUUACCUUAGGAGAUGUAACACCAAAGAAGUCAUCACCACCAAAGACAAAUUUAACCUCUGGCCAAGGUGAUUCAGCAAAACGGGGCAUAAAACAGAAGACCAGUCCCUACUUUAAAAGUAAUGAUGGUUUGGUGUGCAGAAAUCAAGAUGAACUGAGAAAUCAUAGUGUGAAAGUCAUUCCUUUGGGAAGCUUGUCAUCUAAAUUAUCCAGAAAAUACAUAAAGGCUAAAAAAUCAAUAGAUAAGAAUGAGGAAUUUGCCAGUCAUUGUCCCCAGAGUUCCAAAUCCACAGUUGUUAGGAGCCAUGUUGAUAAGUGUUCACAAAUUGAGGACGAAGAUCAAAUUUUGGAGAACAGUUCUCAAAAGGAAAACCUGUUGACUUUUGAUUCACUAAAGGAGGAGAGUAUUCCUGAAUAUAUGGUAAAAGGCAGUAAACUCCUGGAAGCUGAGAGCCAAAAGGUCACCCAGGAAUUUGGGAAGUCAGCUCUCACCCCUGGUUCCUCAGAUAGUGCUCUCAUGUUACUCUCGCCGGCUUUAACUCAUGGGGAUAAAUUAAAGUCGGAUGCAGAAGACAAUCUUGUAGAGCAAGAGAGUAUCAGAGGAGUGGAUGGUAAAGGAGUUGGAAAAUGUGAGGCUGGUAGUUGUGAAGAAGUAAAAAUGACUGUUGCUUUAGAAGCUGAAACACAGUUGUCACAUUUGGAGGCAAAAUCUCAUAGUUCUACAAAUGAUACUUCUAAAUGGAGUGACAUCCAAGCACUUCCUCUGAAAGGUGACAGUAACUUAAAGAAUGAAGUCUCUGACAGUAUUCCUUCGGAGCAGGGGUCGAUCUGUGAUGGUCUUGGUCAGACAACCCAAACACUGCCGCCUCACCCUUACUACCUUCAGAGCUUCUUGGUGGUACUGAAAGCCGUGCUUGAGAAUGAAGAUGAUAUGAUGCUCUUUGAUGAACAAGAGAAGGGGAUUGUAGCUAAAUUUUAUCAGUUAUCAGCUAGUGGUCAGAAGUUAUACGUAAGGCUCUUUCAACGUAAAUUAAGCUGGAUCAAGAUGAAUAAAUUGGAAUAUGAAGAGAUUGCCUCAGACUUAACACCUGUAAUCGAAGAAUUGAAGCAUGCAGGCUUUCUACAGACAGAAUCUGAGUUGCAAGAACUCUCUGAAGUACUUGAACUCCUCUCUGCUCCUGAACUAAAAACCCUGGCCAAGACCUUCCACUUGGUGAAUCCCAAUGGACAGAAACAGCAGCUGAUGGACGCCUUCCUCAAACUGGCCAGACAGCGCUCGGUCUGCACAUGGGGCAGGAGUCAACCUGCAGUCAGUGCCGUGAUUUUAAAAAGAGCAAAAACCUUGGCUGGACAGUCACUAAGAGUCUGUAAAGGUCCCAGGGCUGUGUUUUCCCGGAUCUUGCUUCUGUUUUCAUUGACUGACUCUACGGAAGAUGAAGACGCGGCUUGUGGGGGUCAGGGGCAGCUUUCCACAGUCCUUUUGGUCAACCUCGGCCGAAUGGAGUUUCCGAGUUACACAGUCCAUCGGAAAACCCAAAUCUUUCAAGACAGAGAAGAUCUUAUCAGAUAUGCAGCAGCCAUGCACAUGCUCAGUGACAUUUCUACUGCAAUUGCCAAUGGGAACUGGGAAGAAGCCAAGGAGCUCUCUCAGUGUGCAAAGAGAGACUGGAACAAACUGAAGAACCACCCUUCUCUGAGAUACCAUGAGGCUCUACCACUUUUUCUGCGGUGUUUCACUGUUGGGUGGAUUUAUACAAGGAUUUUGUCACGGACUGUUGAAAUACUGCAGCGACUUCACAUGUAUGAGGAAGCUGUUGAGGAGCUUGAAAACCUUCUGUCUCAGAGAAUUUACUGUCCUGACAGCAGAGGCCGAUGGUGGGAUCGACUGGCCCUUAACUUACACCAGCACCUGAAGCGCCUGGAGCCGGCUAUUAAGUGCAUCACAGAAGGGCUGGCAGAUCCAGAGGUGAGAACAGGACACCGCCUCGCACUGUAUCAGAGAGCCGCACGCCUGCGAGAAUCUCCGGGCUGCAGGAAAUACCGGCACCUCUUUCAGCAGCUCCCAGAGAUAACCGUGGACGAUGUGAAGCAUGUGACCAUCACGGGCAGGCUGUGCCCGCAGCGUGGGAUGGGCAAGUCUGUGUUUGUGAUGGAGGCUGGGGAGGCCACUGCCCCCACCAUGGUCCUGUGCUCCGUGGAGGAGCUGGCACUGGCUUACUACAGACGCAGUGGCUUUGACCAGGGGAUUCAUGGGGAGGGGUCUACCUUCAGCACCCUGUGUGGCCUCCUCCUAUGGGAUGAAAUCUUCAUGGAUGGGAUUCCCGAUGUCUUCAGAAACACCUACCAGGCAUUCCCUCUGGACCUGUGCACUGACAGCUUCUUCAUGAACAGGCAGUCGGCCCUUGAGGCCAGGCUGCAGCUGAUUCACGGAGCCCCUGUGGAGAACCUUCGAGCCUGGGUGGCAGCCACGUGGCAGGCCCAGGAGGGCAGAGUGGCUUCCCUCGUCAGCUGGGAUCGCUUCGCUUCUCUUCAGCAAGCUCAGGACCUCGUCUCCUGCCUGGGGGGCCCUGUCCUCAGUGGGGUGUGCCGGCGCCUGGCUGCUGACUUUCGCCACUGCCGUGGGGGCCUCCCGGACCUGGUGGUGUGGAGCUCCCAGAGCCGUCGCUAUAAGAUGGUGGAAGUUAAAGGCCCCAAUGACCGUCUUUCACAUAAGCAAAUGCUCUGGCUGGCUGAACUGCAGAAGCUGGGGGCUGAAGUUGAAGUCUGCCAUGUGGUUACAGUCGGAGCUAAGAGCAAAAGCCUUAGCUAAAACCUGCCG